AUGGAAGCGGGCGGCAAGCCCAACUCGUCGUCCAGCGGCCGGGACGAUGGCAACAGCGUCUUCCCCGCCAAGCCGCCCGCGACGGGCGCGGGGUCCGCCGGGGCCGAGAAGGGGCCCGGCAGCCCGCCGGGGGGCGGCGGGACGGGCGCCAAGGAGCUGGGCAACUCCGUGUGCUUCAAGGUGGACGGCGGCGGCGAGGAGCCGGCCGGGGGCCUGGAGGACGCCGAGGGGCCCCGGCGGCAGUACGGCUUCAUGCAGAGGCAGUUCACCUCCAUGCUGCAGCCCGGCGUCAACAAAUUCUCCCUCCGCAUGUUUGGGAGCCAGAAGGCGGUGGAGAAGGAGCAGGAAAGGGUUAAAACUGCAGGCUUCUGGAUUAUCCACCCCUACAGCGAUUUCAGGUUUUACUGGGAUUUAAUAAUGCUCAUCAUGAUGGUUGGAAAUCUGGUCAUCAUUCCCGUUGGGAUCACGUUCUUCACAGAGCAAACGACCACGCCGUGGAUUAUUUUCAACGUGGCGUCAGACACCGUGUUCCUCUUGGACCUGAUCAUGAACUUUAGGACGGGCACUGUCAAUGAGGACAGCUCUGAAAUCAUCCUGGACCCCAAGGUGAUCAAGAUGAAUUACUUGAAGAGCUGGUUUGUGGUGGACUUCAUCUCCUCCAUCCCAGUGGAUUAUAUCUUUCUCAUUGUGGAAAAGGGAAUGGAUUCAGAGGUUUACAAGACGGCCAGGGCACUUCGCAUCGUGAGGUUUACAAAAAUUCUCAGUCUCUUGCGUUUGUUGCGACUUUCAAGACUAAUACGAUACAUACAUCAGUGGGAAGAGAUUUUCCACAUGACGUACGACCUGGCCAGUGCCGUGGUGCGGAUUUUCAACCUCAUCGGCAUGAUGCUGCUGCUCUGCCACUGGGACGGCUGCCUGCAGUUCCUGGUGCCGCUGCUGCAGGACUUCCCGCCCGACUGCUGGGUGUCGCUCAACCAGAUGGUGAAUGACUCCUGGGGGAAGCAGUACUCCUACGCACUCUUCAAAGCCAUGAGCCACAUGCUGUGCAUCGGGUACGGAGCCCAGGCCCCGGUGAGCAUGUCCGACCUCUGGAUCACCAUGCUGAGCAUGAUCGUCGGGGCCACCUGCUACGCCAUGUUCGUGGGCCACGCCACGGCUCUCAUCCAGUCUCUGGACUCCUCCAGGCGGCAGUACCAAGAGAAGUACAAGCAAGUGGAACAAUACAUGUCCUUCCAUAAGCUGCCGGCGGACAUGCGCCAGAAGAUUCACGAUUACUACGAGCACAGAUACCAAGGCAAAAUCUUUGACGAGGAAAAUAUCCUCAAUGAGCUCAACGACCCCCUGAGAGAGGAGAUCGUCAACUUCAACUGCCGGAAACUGGUGGCCACCAUGCCCCUGUUCGCCAACGCCGACCCCAACUUCGUGACCGCCAUGCUGAGCAAGCUGCGAUUUGAGGUCUUUCAGCCCGGAGACUACAUCAUCCGGGAGGGCGCCGUGGGGAAAAAAAUGUACUUCAUUCAGCACGGCGUGGCCGGGGUCAUCACGAAAUCCAGCAAGGAGAUGAAGCUGACGGACGGCUCCUACUUUGGAGAGAUCUGCCUGCUGACCAAGGGACGCCGCACCGCCAGUGUCCGAGCCGACACAUACUGUCGUCUGUAUUCCCUUUCUGUGGACAAUUUCAACGAGGUCCUGGAGGAGUAUCCCAUGAUGAGACGCGCCUUCGAGACGGUCGCCAUUGACCGACUAGAUCGGAUAGGAAAGAAAAAUUCAAUUCUUCUGCAAAAGUUCCAGAAGGAUCUUAACACUGGUGUUUUCAACAACCAGGAGAACGAGAUCCUGAAGCAGAUCGUGAAACACGACAGGGAGAUGGUGCAGGCCAUCGCUCCCAUCAGCUACCCGCAGAUGACGGCCCUGAACUCCUCCUCUGCGGCGGCCACGCCCACCUCGCGCGCCAGGACCCAGUCGCCACCCGUGUACACCGCGACCAGCCUGCCCCAUAGCAGCCUGCACUCCCCCAGCCCCAGCACGCAGACCCCGCCUCCGGCCGCCGUGCUCUCGCCCUGCUCCUACACCACCGCGGUCUGCAGCCCGCCCGUGCAGAGCCCGCUGGCCGCCCGGACUUUCCACUACGCCUCCCCGACCGCGUCGCAGGUGUCCCUCGUGCAUCAGCAGGCAGCACAGCAGCAGCCACAGCUCCCGCAGCCCCCGCCCCCGCAGCCCCGUCCGCAGUCCCCGCAGCCACAGACGCCCAGCAGCUCCACGCCGAAGGCCGACGCGCACAAGAGCACGCAGGCUCUGCACAACACCAGCCUGAGCCGGGAGGUCAGGCCCCUCUCCGCCUCGCAGCCCUCGCUGCCCCACGAGCUGUCCAGCCUCAUUUCCAGACCUCAUCCCACGGUGGGCGAGUCCCUGGCCUCCAUCCCCCAGCCCGUGACCGCUGUCCACGGCGCGGGCCUGCAGGCGGCCGGCAGGGGCACUGUGCCCCAGAGGGUCACCCUGUUCCGACAGAUGUCGUCCGGAGCCAUUCCGCCCAACCGGGGAGUCCCUCCUGCCCCCCCUCCACCAGCGGCUCCUCUGCAGAGAGAGUCCUCAGUCUUACACACAGAUGCAGACGCCGAAAAGCCACGAUUUGCUUCGAAUUUAUGA